AUCUUGACGACUUUCUGCGGUGUGGUGCCCGAAUUUUCAGUAUAUAAAUUCAGGAGUUUCUCUCAAUCCAUAUCCAAGAUGCCCAUCAAGUCAAUCAAGGCGCGUCAGAUUUUUGACUCUCGUGGUAACCCCACUGUUGAAGUUGACUUGGUCACAGAACUGGGGCUGUUUCGCGCGGCAGUGCCGUCUGGAGCCUCCACAGGUGUUCAUGAGGCAUUAGAGCUGAGAGACAACAUCAAGGGCGAGUACCAUGGCAAGGGUGUUCUCAAAGCCAUCAAGAAUGUUAAUGACACCAUUGCUCCUGAACUUCUAAAAGCUAACAUUGAAGUUACUGAACAGAAAAAGAUUGACGAGUUCAUGCUCAAUUUGGAUGGUACUGAAAACAAGUCCAAGUUUGGUGCCAAUGCGAUCCUAGGCGUCUCUCUGGCUGUGGCCAAGGCCGGCGCUGCCAAGAAGGGAGUGCCGCUCUAUAAGCAUUUGGCUGACUUGGCAGGCAAUGCCAACAUCGUGCUGCCAGUUCCUGCAUUCAAUGUCAUUAAUGGAGGCUCUCAUGCUGGCAACAAACUCGCCAUGCAGGAGUUCAUGAUUUUACCCACAGGCGCGUCAUCAUUCAGCGAGGCAAUGCGUAUGGGCUCUGAGGUGUACCACACCUUGAAAAAGAUCAUCAAGGAAAAGUUUGGUCUGGACUCUACAGCUGUUGGAGAUGAAGGAGGCUUCGCCCCUAACAUCCUCAACAACAAGGACGCUCUGUUUCUAAUCCAGGAUGCUAUUCAGCAGUCUGGAUAUGCUGGAAAGAUUGAAAUUGGUAUGGAUGUCGCAGCGUCAGAAUUCUUCAAGAACGAAAAGUAUGAUUUGGACUUCAAGAAUCCUAACUCCAAUCCAGCCGACUACCUGCCUGCUGAUAAACUUGCUGCACUGUAUCUGGAGUACAUCAAAGACUUCCCAAUAGUGUCCAUUGAGGACCCCUUCGACCAGGACCACUGGGACGCCUGGGCUACCCUCACUUCCCAAACACCAAUCCAAAUUGUUGGAGAUGACCUUACUGUGACAAACCCCAAGCGCAUCACGACUGCUAUUGAGAAGAAGGCCUGCAACUGCUUAUUACUAAAAGUAAACCAAAUUGGUAGCGUGACCGAGUCCAUCAAUGCUCAUCUCCUGGCCAAACAAAACGGAUGGGGCACCAUGGUCUCUCACAGGUCUGGCGAGACAGAGGACACAUUCAUUGCCGACCUCGUAGUGGGUCUAUCGACCGGUCAGAUCAAGACCGGCGCGCCCUGCCGUUCGGAGCGUCUGGCUAAGUACAACCAAAUCCUCCGCAUCGAAGAGGAACUCGGCGCCAACGCCAAAUACGCCGGCAAAAAUUUCCGCAGACCCGUCUAAACAAGCUCAAAUGAGCAUAUUCUAAUCACAUGCCUAUUCAUUUACAUAGUUUUCACUAAUUCUAUAGCAUUAAAAUAUGCUCAGGAUUAGCCUACUAUCGCAUUUACCUGAUAGUAUGGAGCAAAAUAAUAAUAAAUUGUUAUACCCAAUGUAGAGAUG